UUUCAGGUGUGUCCUCAAUCUAUCAUGUUAAUUUUCAAUAAUACCACAUCCUCCUCCUCAUAUUUCCUCCUCACUAUUUUCCCUGGGCUGGAACUUGGUCAUGUCUGGAUCUCCAUUCCCAUCUGCUGUCUCUACACCAUUGCCCUCUUGGGGAACAGCAUGAUUCUACUUGUCAUCAUUACUGACAGGAGUCUCCACAAGCCUAUGUACUAUUUCCUCUCCAUGCUGUCAGCUGUUGAUCUAUGUUUGACUAUCACAACCCUCCCCACUGUGCUUGGGAUUCUCUGGUUUCAUUCCCAGGAAAUCAGCUUUAAAGCCUGCCUCAUUCAGUUGUUCUUUGUACAUGCCCUCUCCUUUCUGGAGUCCUCAGUGCUGGUAGCCAUGGCCUUUGACCGCUUCAUGGCCAUCUGUAACCCACUGAAGUAUGCCACUAUCCUCACAGACAUGAUGACCACGGUGAUUGGACUGGCCAUCUGCAUCCGGCAAGUAAUUAUCAUGUUUUUCAUGUUUCUAGGCUUGAGGAACAUGUCUUUCCGGGGAGGCCGAGAGCUCUCCCAUCCAUUUUGCUACCACCCAGAUAUAAUCAAAUACACAUAUCGUAACCCUUGGAUUGCCAGUUUUUUGGGCAUGUUUUUUCAGCUCUACCUGACUGGCACUGACUUAUUGUUCAUCCUUUUCUCGUAUGUCCUGAUCCUUCGUACUGUUCUGAGCAUCGUGGCACCCAAGAAGCAACAAAAAGCCCUCAGCACUUGUGUCUGUCACAUCUGUGCUGUCACUGUUUUCUAUGUGCCAAUGAUCAGCCUAUCUAUGGCACACCGCCUCUUCAGCUCUACUCCAAGAGUGCUCUGUAGCAUUUUGGCCAAUAUUUAUCUGCUCUUACCACCUGUACUGAAUCCUAUAAUUUACAGCUUGAAGACGAAGACAAUCCGCCAGGCUAUGCUUCAUCUGUUCCAAUUCAAGGGUUCACGCAGAUCCAAUGGCAGGGGUCUUAGAGAAAGGUGAGGUUCAAAUCGCCAA